AUGGUGUGCGACAAUGCAAAAGGACUCAAAGCCUUCUAUGAUGCAAUAAAAUACGGACCUAAUCAUCUGAUGGUUUUUGGUGGCGUGUGUGCAACAGUUACUUCUAUCAUUGCUGAAUCUCUAAAGGGAUGGAAUUUGGUUCAGCUUUCGUUUGCAGCAACAACCCCAGAGCUGGCUGAUAAGAAAAAAUAUCCUUAUUUCUUCCGGACAGUGCCAUCUGAUAAUGCAGUGAAUCCAGCCAUUUUGAAGUUACUCAAACAUUAUCACUGGAAGAGAGUAGGAACUUUAACCCAGGAUGUACAAAGGUUUUCUGAGGUGAGGAAUGAUCUGACUGGUGUCCUGUAUGGUGAAGACAUCGAAAUUUCAGAUACUGAGAGUUUCUCCAAUGAUCCUUGCACGAGUGUAAAGAAGCUAAAGGGUAAUGAUGUUCGGAUAAUCCUUGGCCAGUUUGAUGAGGAAAUGGCUGUGAAAGUUUUCUGCUGUGCUUAUGAUGAAGAAAUGUAUGGCAGCAAGUACCAGUGGAUUAUUCCAGGGUGGUAUGAAAACCUUUGGUGGGAAUCCUGGAUUAAUUCCUCACAGUGUCUCAGCAAAAAUCUUCUUGCAGCAAUGGAAGGUUAUAUAGGAGUGGAUUUUGAGCCUCUCAGCUCAAAAAUUAUAAAGACUAUAUCUGGAAGGACUCCACAGCAAUAUGAAAAGGAAUACAAUGCUAAGCGUGGUGAUGGACAAUCUAGCAAAUUUCAUGGUUAUGCCUAUGAUGGAAUAUGGGUGAUUGCUAAGACUCUGCAGCGGGCAAUGAAAUAUCUCAAUGCCACCAACAAGCAUCAAAAAAUUGAAGAUUUUAACUAUACAAAUCACAGACUUGGCAAAAUUUUUCUGGAUGCUAUGAAUGAAACUAACUUCUUUGGAGUAACGGGUCAAGUUGUUUUCAGAAAUGGAGAGAGGAUGGGAACCAUCAAAUUUACGCAAUUCCAAGAAAGAAAGGAAGUGAAGGUGGGAGAGUACAAUGCUGUGGCUGACACACUGGAAAUAAUCAACAACAGCAUCAGGUUCCAAGGACUUGAGCCUCCAAAGGACAAAACAAUUAUACAAGAGGAGCUACGCAAGAUCUCCCUGCCUCUCUACAGCAUCCUCUCUGCCCUCACCAUCCUAGGAAUGAUAAUGGCCAGUGCUUUCUUGUUCUUUAACAUCAAAAACAGAAACCAGAAACUAAUAAAGAUGUCCAGUCCCUACAUGAACAACCUUAUUAUCCUUGGAGGGAUGCUUUCUUAUGCAUCUAUUUUUCUUUUUGGUCUUGAUGGAUCCUUUGUCUCCGAAAAGACAUUUGAGACACUUUGCACAGUCCGAACAUGGAUUCUUACAGUGGGAUACACAACUGCAUUUGGAGCAAUGUUUGCAAAAACAUGGAGAGUUCAUGCAAUUUUCAAAAAUGUAAAAAUGAAGAAAAAGAUCAUUAAAGACCAGAAGCUACUGGUGAUAGUUGGAGGGAUGCUACUGAUUGAUCUGUGCAUCUUGAUUUGCUGGCAGGUUGUGGAUCCUUUGAGAAGGACAGUGGAAAAGUAUAACAUGGAGCCAGACCCUGCGGGCAGAGAUAUCUCCAUCCGACCAAUCUUGGAGCACUGUGAAAACACUCACAUGACAAUUUGGCUUGGGAUUGUCUACGCUUAUAAAGGGCUGCUCAUGUUAUUCGGAUGUUUCCUAGCCUGGGAGACACGAAAUGUCAGCAUUCCUACUUUGAAUGAUAGCAAGUACAUCGGAAUGAGUGUAUACAACGUGGGCAUAAUGUGCAUUAUUGGUGCUGCUGUUUCAUUCCUUACUCGGGACCAACCCAAUGUGCAGUUCUGCAUUGUUGCUUUAGUCAUCAUAUUCUGCAGCACCAUCACUCUCUGCCUUGUGUUUGUACCUAAGCUCAUCACACUGCGGACAAAUCCAGAUGCAGCCACACAGAACAGACGAUUUCAGUUCACUCAAAAUCAAAAGAAAGAAGACUCAAAAACAUCAACAUCAGUCACCAGCGUCAAUCAGGCCAGCACAUCUCGACUAGAAGGAUUGCAGUCAGAGAACCACCGCUUGAGAAUGAAAAUUACAGAGCUGGACAAAGACUUGGAAGAGGUCACAAUGCAGCUUCAGGACACUCCUGAGAAAACAACAUACAUCAAGCAGAACCACUACCAGGAUCUUAAUGACAUUCUUAGUAUACGGAACUUUACAGACAGCAAAGAUGGUGAGAAAGCCAUUCUGAAAAAUCAUCUUGAUCAAAAUCCACCAGCACAAUGGGGCUCAUCAGACCCUUCCAGAACAAGCAAAGAUCCUAUAGAAGACAUCAACUCUCCAGAACACAUACAGCGUCGGCUGUCUCUGCAGCUGCCCAUUCUCCACCAUGCCUAUUUGCCAUCCAUAGGAGGAGUUGAUGCCAGCUGUGCCAGCCCGUGUGUAAGCCCCAGCGCCAGCCCUCGGCACAGACACGUGCCGCCCUCCUUCCGAGUGAUGGUUUCGGGGCUGUAGGCAAGGGAGAUCAGUGCUUCCUGAACUGCUUUUAAGUACUUGAUAACUGGACUAAACAUCUGACCUAGAACUCUGCUACAAACGUAUAACAUUGGCUCUGACCACAGAGGAGCUACCGCUGAGGCCGUCGUCACAGGAGUGCCCGUGCAACUCGUGUGGGAAGGCAAAGGAGAAGGACACGAGGAGUUUGAUCUGUAGCCUUAUUCAUGGAGUUUUUAUUUCUUCACGUAGAAGUCACUGAAAAACAUUUCUUCCCAAAUUUCUACUCGCAACAAGGAGGUUGGGAAAUACGGAUCUUGCAAAAAAGACACUAGGAAAAAAAAAAACCACACUCAAGUGUCACUGAGCUUUAUGUGGCUGCUGAGAACAUGCAAUUCUAUCCUGUAUCCAUGCAAGGAAAAUACAAUGGUUGAGCUAUACCAUAUUUAUUGACAUAGAUCCACUCGUUUUUACAAGAGUUGUGUUAAAUUGCUGGAAACAUUCUGCACUGGUUAGUCUUGCUUGUUUUCAUUUCAGGGAUGAUGUUCGAUAGGAAAGCAGGACUGUGAGAAA